AUGCACUUCAAUCCUCUCGCGGCGGUGGCCCUCGGCUUGGCCUCGUUGUCCGUCGUCGCGGCCGACACGACGACCAUCAUCGACGCCAAGUCCGACCACGGCACGUGGGAAGGUUGGGGCACCUCCCUCGCCUGGUGGGCGCGGCGCUUCGGCACGCGCGACGACCUCGCCGACAUCUUCUUCACCACCAAGACGACCUCGCUCGGCGGCGCCAGCCUCCCCGGGCUCGGCUUCAACAUCGUCCGCCACAACGCCGGCGCCUGCAGCUGGAACGCCGUCAACGGCGAGCGCAUGGUCGUCUCGCCCAAGAUGAUGCUGUCCCGGCAGAUCGAGGGCCACUGGGUCGACUGGGCCAGCGCGGACCCUGCCUCGUCCUCGUGGCGGUGGGACGUCGACACAGCGCAACGCGCCAUGCUGCAGAAGGCCAAGAGCCGCGGCGCCAACCGCUUCGAGCUCUUCUCCAACUCGCCCAUGUGGUGGAUGACCAAGAACCACAACCCGUCCGGCUCCGCCGACGGCAGCGAGAACAUUCAGCCGUGGAACCUGGCACAGCACGCCGUGUACAUGGCCACUGUGGCCCGACACGCGCGGGACAACUGGGGCAUCGACUUCGAAUCGGUUGAGCCCUUUAAUGAGCCGUCGGCCAACUGGUGGAAGGCGGACGGCACGCAAGAAGGGUGCCACAUCGACGUCCCCACGCAGGCGACCAUCAUCAACGCGCUGCGGACGGAGCUCGACGGCCGCGGCCUCGGCGCCGUGACCAUCGCCGCGUCGGACGAGUCGUACUACGACCAGGCCGCUGCCACCCUGACCGGCCUCGCGAACGCGGGCGCGCUCCGCCACGUCGCGCGCGUCAACGUCCACGGGUACCAGUACGCCAACGGCCGUCGCGACCUCGUCUCGUCGCUGGCGGCGGCGAGCGGGCUGCGGGUGUGGAACAGCGAGUACGGCGAGAGCGACGCGACGGGCGAGCGGCUGGCGAGCAACCUCCUGCUCGACCUCCGGUGGCUGCGGCCGACGGCGUGGGUGUACUGGCAGGUGCUCGAUGGCGGCGGCUGGGGCGUGGUGGACGCCGACAACGAGGCCGGCACGGUCGGGGCGGCGAACCAGAAGUACUUUGUGCUCGCGCAGUUCGCGCGGCACAUCCGCGAGGGCAUGCGGAUCCUGGACGGCGGCGCGGACAACGUGGUCGCGGCGUACGACGCGGCGCGGUCGAGGCUGGUGAUCGUCGCGGUCAACUGGGGCGACGCGCAGUACCUCAACUUCGACCUGAGCAGGUUCGCGCAGGCGUCGACGAACGGGGCCAAGGUCACGCGGUGGCGGACGCAGAUCGGGGCCAGCGGGGACCGGUAUAUCCAGGCGAAUGACACGACGAUGAGCGGGACGAAGUUCUGGUCGUUCUUCGAGAAGAAGAUGGUGCAGACGUUUGAGAUUGAGAACGUCAAGUUGUAG